CUCUCAUAUCCUGACAAUAGAUCUCAUAGAGAGAGAACACACCACCUCUCAUAUCCUGACCAUAGAUCUCAUAGAGAGAGAACACACCACCUCUCAUAUCCUGACAAGAGAUCUCAUAGAGAGAGAACACACCACACCUCAUAUCCUGACAUGAGAUCUCAUAGAGAACACACCACCACCUCAUAUCCUGACAAUAGAUCUCAUAGAGAGAGUUUUUGUAGUAUGGAAGAUUCCCUCCCCUACAGGUGGUGCUCUGCAUGAAGAUGGACACUACACUGACAAUCACUAUUGCAGUGGCAGUUCUGUAUAACUUCAGCAAGAGACAAGAAGAUGAGCUACCUGAGGAGGAUGAGGAGGACCUACCUGAGGAGGAUGAGGAGGACCUACCUGAGGAGGAUGAGGAGGACCUCCCUGAGGAGGACGAGGAGAGCCUCCCUGAGGAGGACGAGGAGGACCUCCCUGAGGAGGACCUACCUGAGGAGGAUGAGGAGGACCUCCCUGAGGAGAACCUCCCUGAGGAGGACGAGGAGAAUGAAGAAGAUGGCCAGGUCCAACAUGCUGUUGAUGUGAAUGCGGUGAGGAGAACCUCCCUGAGGAGGAUGAGGAGGACCUCCCUGAGGAGAACAUCCCUGAGGAGGAUGAGGAGGACCUCCCUGAGGAGGAUGAGGAGGACCUCUCUGAGGAGGAUGAGGAGGACCUCCCUGAGGAGGAUGAGAAGGACCUACCUGAGGAGGAUGAGGAGAACCUCCCUGAGGAGGAUGAGGAGGACCUCCCUGAGGAGGAUGAGAAGGACCUACCUGAGGAGGAUGAAGAGAACCUUGAUUGAGAACCCUUUUUGCAGCCUAACGUGUGUGUGUGUGUGUAGUGUAACAUGUAAAAAGCAAUAUUAUAUUUUGACUGACAUGUGCAAUUCUUAAUAAGACUAUCUGUAUUAAAAUGUAUUAUUAAGUCAUUGUUAUUCUCUAUCAUAAAGGGGGGAACUGGAAGCACCAGAACAUGAGCGGGGGCACCACAUUGCUUGGGAAAGCAUUGUUUUAAUAAAUAACAAGAUUAGUAUUCUUUCCACAUUUAUUUCCCUGACGGCGUUUUUGUUUCUGAAUUCGCAGUAGCUCUUUUUUGUAAACUCAGAAUCUCAGUCUGCGGAAUAUUUUCCUCUCCCCCCCAGCGCCAAAACAUCAAUAUGAGCUGUUUUCAUCUCGGGUUCUGGGGGGGCGUUUAAUUGGCCCGGCUAGUUCAAGAUCCAGGCACUGCUGUUUCUCCACGACAACAGGGUGUCAGCUCAACUAAGAGAAUCAACUCAUUAUUAGAACUUACCUUCCCAUUUUGUAAUUGAAUUAGAGCUCAUGAUACACCUUGGUAGAAUGAUGACGUUAUGCAACAUGCUGUAACUGGGCUGAGAACAGUAACGUUCUAGUUAAAUACUAUUAGCGUUAGUUUCAGUGGUGGAAAAAGUCAUUUCAUACUGUUGUAAAAGUAAAGAUAUCUUAAUAGAAAAUAACUAAAGUAAAAGUCAGCCAGUAAAAUACUACUUGAGUAAAAAGUCAAAAGUAUUUGGUUUUAAAUGUUCUUAAGUAUCAAAAACAAAAGUAUGAAUUAUUUAAUAUUCCUUACAUUAAGAAAUCCAGAUGGCACGGUUUUAUUACAUUGACAGUUUGCCAGUGUCACACUCCAACACUCAGACAUCAUUUACAAAUCAAACAUUUGUGUUUAGUGAGUCUGCCAGAUCAGAUGCAGUGGGGAUGACCAGGGGAUGUUCUCUCGAGAAGUGCCCGAAAUGGACCAGGUUCCUGUCCUGCUAAGUAUUCAAGAAAAUGUAUGGAGUAAAACGUUUUUGUUUUUUAAAGUAUUUUCUUUAGGAAUGUAGUGAAGUAAAAAUAAAAGUUGUCCAAUAUAUAAAUAGUAAAGUACAGAUACCCAAAAAACUGACUUAAGUAGUACUUUAAUGUAUUUUAACUUAAGUAGUACUUUAAUGUAUUUUAACUUAAGUAGUACUUUAAUGUAUUUUAACUUAAGUAGUACUUUAAUGUAUUUAAGUAGUACUUUAAUGUAUUUUAACUUAAGUAGUACUUUAAUGUAUUUAAGUAGUACUUUAAUGUAUUUUAACUUAAGUAGUACUUUAAUGUAUUUUAACUUAAGUAGUACUUUAAUGUAUUUUAACUUAAGUAGUACUUUAAUGUAUUUAAGUAGUACUUUAAUGUAUUUUAUCUUAAGUAGUACUUUAAUGUAUUUAAGUAGUACUUUAAUGUAUUUUAACUUAAGUAGUACUUUAAUGUAUUUUAACUUAAGUAGUACUUUAAUGUAUUUUAACUUAAGUACUUUACACCACUGGGUAGUUUUGACAUGCAUUGUAGUCAUUGAUGUUAACCAGUUAUUUAUGCUUACUAAAUAUUGGUGGGACUAGUUGUCCGUUGUCAUCAUAGGGUUAACUGUUCAGAGAGACUCUGGUCUGAAAUAUCUUCCGCCUCUCAUCUGCUGCAUUAUUUGGCUUUCGCUUUGAAGUUUUUCCCAGCAGCCUUCAUCUGAUUUGUGUCCCUCUCCUCUUUCAUGUCAAUCAUUUAAAUCUGUCGCAUUAAAACAGCCCAGGUGUCGUCUUUCAUCCUCCAGUACGUUACUAAAUUCCUCCAUCAGCUCAGUACGUUACUAAAACUAAGUUUACAUACACCUUAGCCAAAUACAUCUAAACUUAAUUUUUCACAAUUCCUGACAUUUAAUCCUAGUAAAAAUCACUUUAUUUUAAGAACAUGAAAUGUCAGAAUAAUAGUAGAGAUAAUGUGUGUCAGAAGUUUACAUACACUCAAUUAGUAUUUGGUAGCAUUGCCUUUAAAUUGUUUAACUUGGGUCAAACGUUUUGGUUAGCCUUCCACAAGCUUCCCACAAUAAAUUGGGUGAAUUUUGGCCCAUUCCUCCUGACAGAGCUGGUGUAACCGAGUCAGGUUUGCAAGGCCUCCUUGCUUGUACACUUUCAGCUCUGCCCACAAAUGUUCUAUAGGAUUGAGGUCAGGGCUUUGUGAUGGACACUCCACUCCAGGUCAGGGCUUUGUGAUGGACACUC